AUGGGUGCUCAACAAAGACUGGAUGCCGUCGCUGGCCAUCUCAAUUCCAGUGCAACGACAACAACCUCGCCAGGCUUGAAGAAGAUCUUGGAGAAGAACCCCGACGACAUCGUCAUCACAGCCUCAGUCCGCACACCUCUCACAAAAGCCCGCAAAGGCGGUCUCAAAGACACUCCCGCAGAAGAGCUCAUCGUCCAUGUAUUAAAAGCGAUCAAGGACAAAUCCGGAAUCGACCCCAAUGUGGUUGAAGACGUCUGCGUGGGAAAUGUUCUGCAACCGGCCCCGGGCUUCGUCGCCAGAAGUGCCGUUCUAGCCGCCGGAUUCCCCAUCAGCACGGCGGCCAACAUUGCGAGCCGUUUCUGCUCGUCGGGACUGCUGUCGAUUCAGACCGUCGCCAGCUCCAUCGCCAUCGGCGCGAUCGACGUCGGCAUCGCCGUCGGAGUCGAGAGCAUGUCGACCAACGACGACAAACCACCCCCAAUGAGCUCCGUGAUCACGGAGCAUCCAAUCGCCAAAGACAACCUCCAACCCAUGGGCUGGACGUCGGAAAACGUCGCCCGAGACUUCAACAUCCCGCGCGAAACGCAAGACAAGUUCGCCGCCAUGUCUCAGAACCGCGCGGAGCGCUCGCAACGGGAAGGCUGGACGGCCGACGAGAUCGCGCCCGUGACGACCCAAUGGAUCGACCCAAAGACGAAGGAGAAGAAGACCAUCACCGUCGACAAGGACGACGGCAUCCGACCGGGCACCACAUAUGAAGGGCUCGCAAAAAUCCGCUCCGCGUUCCCGCACUGGGGCCCCACCACGACGGGCGGCAACGCCAGCCAAGUGACGGACGGAGCGGCGGCGGUGCUGCUGAUGAAGCGGUCGACGGCCCAGAGGCUCGGCCAAAAGAUCAUCGGCAAGUACGUCAAGAGCACGGUCGUCGGCCUCGAGCCCCGUAUCAUGGGCAUCGGCCCCAGCCUCGCCAUCCCCAAGAUCCUGGAGAAGACCGGCCUGACCAAGGAGGAUGUCGAUCUCUUUGAGAUCAACGAGGCUUUCGCCAGCAUGUACGUCUACUGCGUCAACGAGCUCGGCCUGGACAUCGAGAAAGUGAACGUUCGAGGCGGCGCCAUCGCCAUCGGCCACCCUCUAGGUUGCACAGGCACACGACAGGUCGUGACGGCCCUCUCGGAGCUGAAGCGGCGGAACGCCAAAGUCGUCGUCACGUCCAUGUGUGUAGGGACCGGAAUGGGCAUGGCGGGCGUGUUUGUCAACGAGGCUUAA